UUUUAUUUUUUUUUAUUUUACCAUUAUUUUACCAGGUAAGUUGACUGAGAACACGUUCUCAUUUGCAGCAACGACCUGGGGAAUAGUUACAGGGGAGAGGAGGGGGAUGAAUGAGCCAAUUGUAAACUGGGGAUUAUUAGGUGACCACGAUGGUUUGAGGGCCAGAUUGGGAAUUUAGCCAGGACACCGGGGUUAACACCCCUACUCUUACGAUAAGUGCCAUGGGAUCUUUAAUGACCUCAGAGUCAGGACACCCGUUUAACAUCCCAUCCGAAAGACGGCACCCUACACAGGGUAGUGUCCCCAAUCACUGCCCUGGGGCAUUGGGAUAUUUUUAGACCAGAGGAAAGAGUGCCUCCUACUGGCCCUCCAACACCACUUCCAACAGCAUCUGGUCUCCCAUCCAGGGACUGACCAGGACCAACCCUGCUUAGCUUCAGAAGCAAGCCAGCAGUGGUAUGCAGGGUGGUAUGACUUUGUAUGUGAUAACUAGUGACGACCAACUGGUCCGUGUUCAUUGGUUAUCACAGUCAUAAAUCCUGCCUGUUUCUACAAUUUCUCUUCUUAAAAUCUUAUUUUAAACAACACUAACCACACGCUUAAUCUUAAAUUAAGACCAAACACCAAAUAUUUGUUUCCAUUCAUUUUUACUACAUAGCCCAUUUAUGCUGUGGUAACUGUGGAAACCCUGAUCCGGGUACAAAUUAACGUAAAGGCUGCGUAAACUUUGUUUUGCGGCAUUGCGCGAACGUUUACAGGAGUCUUUAAAAAAAAAACUUUUUCUCCCCAAUUUCGUGAUAUUCAAUUGUUAGUAGUUACUAUCUUGUCUCAUCGCUACUACUCCCGUACGGGCUCGGGAGAGACGAAGGUCGGAAGCCAUGCGUCCCCCGAAACACAACCCAACCAAGCCGCACUGCUUCUUAACACAGCGAGCAUCCAACCCGGAAGCCAGCCGCACCAAUGUGUCGGAGUCAGGCGAUGCAACGAUGAUCCAAUGACACCUUUCACUGAAAGUCACCAGUGCUGUCCAAUUGUCCCUAGCCUUUGGGACCAUGUCUUCUCCAUUAAGGAGUGAAGUGGUCAGGCUGUAUAAAAAUCUCCUCUACCUUGGACGGGAGUAUCCCAAAGGCGCUGGCUACUUUAGGGAUAGACUGAAGUCUGCAUUUUUGAAUAACAAAGAUGUGAAAGACCCAAAGAUGAUCAAACAAAUGAUAGCCCGAGGGGAGUUUGUCAUCAAGGAGUUGGAAGCACUUUACUACCUGAGGAAGUACAGAGCCAUGAAAAAGCGGUACUAUGAACCUGAGGAAUGACUGGCCACACUUGACACCAUUGCCUUAAAAUGUGACAAUAACAAAGUUAUGGUGCCCUCUAUGAAAAUGUUUUAUUAAGAAGGGUCUAAGAAGCCACCUGACCAGUCCAUCAAACACCAGAAUGAUUGAAGGCCAUAUUAAGGUUGAAUAGAAGCCAUGACAGUGUAUUCACUGUACAACAGUAUAUGCUGUUUAAUAUGCUUUCCUUGUACCAAGCAUACUUGAAACAGCAUACUGGCUUUUGUAGUCUUGUAUUUUCCUUUUUAUACAACAUUUUUACAAGGAUCAACUUUGCCAAAACCACCAUAAAACCACCUCUAAGAAUAUUUAUUUGAAACUAUGCUGGAAAAAUAUUUUGGGGAUCUGAAAAAACCUUCAAUGUGGAAUGAGAAUACUAAAACAUAGCAGCGAUCCUGAGUUGCUUCAUUCAAGUAGAAUAACUUCAUGUGGGUGGAUAAUUGAGGUUUUAAUAAAAAAAAACAAAAAAAAACAUUUUAA